AUGGCUAAUACUCCUUCUUCUUCUUUAUUAGGGAACAUUCGAUAUUUGCUCUUGUUCUUUUUGCUUCACGUACUAUUAAUUAACGCCUCACCUACCGCCGCCCUCGUCCCUACCAAGCGGAACGGAGUUAGGUUCCUGACGUUCGACCAAAGCUACGAAGGGCGCGUAAAAAAGGGCCAGUAUUUCAAUAAACUGUUCCCCUUAGAGGACGAGAAGGCGGCCGAAUACAUAUUCUGGUACCCUUACAAGAAGAAUACCGGUGAUGUUCAACCACUCUUCAAGUUCACCGACUCCGCCGUCAAGCGCCUGAAACUUGAAAUCCUCAAGGUACCCGAAUACGGCACAGACCUCGACAACGCCUUCGCGGACAAGUACCAUCAAGUCGAUCAGACAAAAGCGGGCGUGUACAACUACAGACAUGAUAGAAAAUUCGGGAAAGAUAAGAAGAAGCCUACGAUGUCUUCCUACUCCAACGUGCUUGUUCCAGCCUCCGGCGCCAUUAUUUUUGUAGACAACUUCAGUCCAACGGCUAGAAACCAGGAAUGGAACAUUGGUAACGUUCCUGAGUUGGACAAACUGUCGGAUAUCGCAUUCUUCCAGUGGAUCGAUGCCUGCAAAACUAAAAAUGUCGAUCCUAAAACCCUUAAACUUAUGUUUAUAUCUCACGUCGUUCAUGACGCAACGUACAAGAUUGUAGUAGAUGCAUUAAGGGAAGCCGGGCAUAAGAGGAUGCCAAGCUAUGCUAAGAAGAUUGUUUUCUCUAUGGAAGCAAAGCAGGGUCAAGCUAUUCUUGGGUCUGUCUGGGGCAGUGCUUUGUCUUGGAUGCUUAUCCAGCAUAAAACGGAGUUAGGCCUAAAGAAGAUAACAGAAGUUGCUGUCUGGGGCCUUAGACUAGGUUUUGCUUUGCCUGAAACUAAUACGUUAGUUGGCAGUAUGAAUAUGAGAUUUACUGUUAAAGACGCUUAG